GUUCAGGAUCCAAGCCAGAAUGGAGCAUGUGUUUAGUUGUCAUUUAUGUGUAGUGUACUUUCAUCUGAAACAGUUCCUCAUCUUCCUUUGUCUUUCUUGGCCUGGAAAUUUUUGAAAACUACAGGGAAGUCCAUCAGCUUGAUAAUGGAGGAGAACAAUGACUUUGGGGAGAACCCCCAGCAAGGCCAAGGGCAGCAGAGUGGCAUGAAGUGUGGGUGGCUGAGGAAGCAAGGAGGCUUUGUCAAGACUUGGCAUACCCGCUGGUUCGUUCUCAAGGGAGAUCAGCUCUAUUAUUUCAAAGAUGAAGAAGAAACCAAGCCCUUGGGUACCAUUUUUCUGCCUGGAAAUAAAGUCCUGGAACAUCCCUGCAAUGAAGACAGCCCAGGGAAAUUCUUUUUUGAAGUAGUUCCAGCUGUUCUGGGCUACUAUCAAGCUCUGGUUCUUCUACUGGACCUCCUUGUUUUAUUUUCUAUCAUCUUACCUUCAUUUGUUGUUGUGGACUUCAGUGAAAAAAAAAAAAGAAAACAAGCAAACAAUAACAGAAACAAAAAUUUUUAAAAAAUCCUUCUUCUAUGUAUAGUGAUAUGAGACUAAGUUUGUAGAUAUGUUCUGAACUGAAUGGAAAAGAAAAUUGCAUUCAAUUCCUUUGUUUCUGACCAACAAAGGUCAAGAUUCAAACAUAUAAAACUUCAGUUUAAAAAAAAUAACCUUUCUUUGAAAACAUGAAAAAGAUUAAGAUAUGAAUGUGUGAAUUAUUUUUAAAUAUCGUAAAAAAUUUAGAGAUGUAAAUGGCAGAACCCAAUCAAGUCACUUCUUUAAAAACGGUACAUGAACCCCAGGAGAGUCAUCAAAUCUCUGUCACAUUCAACCCUCUCCCUGCCUUCAAAAUUCAAUGGCAAGACUUCUCAAAUAUUUUUUUUUUUUUUUUUUAAAGGAGAAGACAGGACAAGGAAAGGAAAUGGAGUGUUUUUACUCUUAGCCAUAUAAUGGUGUUUGUCCCUUUUAUAGAAAUCAUAGAAACACAGGGUUUGGACUGAAGUCCUUAAAGUCUAGCAACUCCUUACACCCACACUUUGUUGAUAGCAGAAACUCUAAACUUAUAAGUAGAAGUUUGACACACUUCUUGUUGAAGUUUUAGUCGCUUUUUCUUUAAGUUUUGAAAUAUUUAAUGAUUUGACUUCCGUAGCUGAUUCUAUCCAGAAUAUUUCAGCUUGUUGUCAUUUUAGUUCAUUAGAAAUAUAUAGGUAAGCAACAAUUACUGAUCGUUGUUGUUGUUGUUAGCUGCUUUCAAGUCACCCCUGACUCAUGGUGACCCCAUGUGUAACAGUACUGAACUGCUCCAUAGGUUUUUUUUGGCUGUAAUCUUUACGGAAGCACAUCAGCAGGCCUUCCUUCUGUGGAGCUGCUGGGUGGGUUCGAACUGCCAACCUUGAGGUUAGCAGCUGAUGGCAAACUGCUUGCACCACUUGGGCUCCUUGAGCAACAAUUAUUGAUCAGUCAUAUCCAGAUUACUGUAGUCUUCGUUGUUUUGGACAGUCAGGAUCUGAAAUAAGGCUAUUUAUUUUCUACGAGUGUGACUUUUAGGGACUGUCCAGAUUUUGUUAUUUUUGCAUUUUAAAUUUGACUACACAAUUGACACCUAUUCCAAAAAUAGGAAAGAAGUAUUUAGUUAAUAUAGAAUGGUGGAAAAAAUCAACGAAGAACAUAAAAUUAAAAAUAAUAAUAAAAACACUAAAGAAAAUUUAAAAAAUAACUUGUGGUAUUUCCCUGCUUAAGGGUACUCAAUUUCCUAUAUCUACAUAUUACAGUAAACUUGCCUUCACCCCUUUCACGUCUUUCCUGGAUACUCUCUGGAUCAAUGUAAGUGCAUUAACCACUUAAUGUUUACUUAAUUACAUUGAUUCACCAUCAGAGAGUGAUUGUCAAUUCCUUGGGAAAAGGGCUGUCCACUGGUUAUGGUGAGGUAUGCUGCAUAAGACUUGUGACUCAUAAUAAAGUACUGAAUCAAAGUGAUGAAAUCUACUCAUAGUUUACUUUUCCUAUAAUUUAGAGCAAAUUCCAGGUUAUCACUAUACUAUUACUCCUGAGUAGCUGAAGGGAAAAAAAAAAAAGCUUAUUAGAAUUAGAAUUGAGUCUGUAUUUAUACAGCUUCUAAGACAAUUUUCUCUAUAUUUACCCUUCUAUUAAUUUUUAAAGGAGAGCCCUGGUGUUGCAAUGGUCGAGCACUCGGCUGCUAACUGAAAGGUUGGCAGUUCUAACCCACCCAGAGGCUC